UUAACGAAAGAAAAGCUGAAAAAUGAAUAUAGAUGUCGACCCCUCAAAGGAAUUAAACGACGAAGUUCCUAAUGACUCAUUAACACUGGGCCAAUUAAGGAAAAUUGUAAAACAAUUCCCAAACAAACAAAAGGCUAAAGAAAUUGCCUUUAUCUAUGCCGAUAAUGAUAAUCUCUCCAGUGAAAUAGAUGAAUUUUAUAGUUAUGUUGAAAUUUCGCAAUGUAUUGAAAACAAAAAAGCAUUUGAAGAAGGAUUCGACGAAUCUUGGGCUACCUGUACAAUAUCUGAACGCCGUACUUAUAUCGAAUACCUGUUAGAAACUUUGGAAUUAAAAGAUCCUGAUAAGAGAUUUUUAACAGCAAAAAAAUUGUUAUAUAUUGCUCAAGGAACAUUUGGAGAAUCGACGUCUCCAGAACAUCACCUCGAAUUGAUAGUUGAAAAUAAUAAAUUGCUACGGAAGUGUGGGGCUCUACUAUCUUACUUUCAAGCCUUGAAAUUGGCCUGUCGUGCACAUGAUCAUUAUAGUCGACCAGAUUUCAUUUCAGACCGGCAAGCUUAUAUUGAUGAUAUAAAUACUGAGAUAGGAUUCUGUUUAACAUUAUUAUAUAUGUUAGUUGAAGUCCAUCGCGGAGACGAUUCAUUUGGCUCUGAGCUUGUUGAACUUGAUCCGCCAAUGUCAGUGUUCCUUUUUGAAAUCAUCGCAUCAUUGCGAGAAAAAGAAAAGAAUGCCAAAGGAUAUCCAGUUAAAAAGUUACUUCUUUUAUCAUGGAAAGUUGUUUUAGUAAGUCUUGGUGGGUCAAAUGAUAUCCAAAAAUUAAAAGAUGUGGUUAGGUUAAUAAAUGGUUUGGCUCCUAUUCAUAAUAAAGAAUUCUUAAUAAAAACUACUCCAAUUGAUUAUCAUACUUUUCAAAAUGAAGUUACCCAAAAAUAUCCAACAUACGUACCACCUCCUUGUCCUGUUAUUCCUAUGCCUCCUAUUACUACUAACCAGUUUCCUUCUAAUGUUAAUAGUAAUGAUAUGUCAACGCAAAAUAGCUCUUCAAACAACAGCACUACAAAUAGUAACUCGUCUAAAUCACGUAAACAACAAUUUCAAACAAAUCAACGACAACCUUUUAUUUUUCCAUUCUCAAAAUCUACACCGACAGUACCAAAAUCAAUACAAGAGGCGGGAGAUUUGUAUUUGAAGUUUAUGUAUACAAGUUUAGGGACUUUCCAAUGUUGGAAAGAGAAAGAAGAGAUGAAAAAACAACAGUUUGGUCUCACCAAUAAUGAGACUUUAUAUGAUGAAAAAAAUAUGAUUAACUGUGAAAAGGAAAUGUCAACCGGAAGUGAUAUGGAAGCACAAGUGACAAAAAAAGAUAGAGAAAAAUUGGAUAGGAUUGAACUCCUUUAUAGGUCGAUUUUACCGCAUAUGCAAAAUAUUGUUAUCGUGCUGCUCAAAUUAUUGCUUGCAACUGUUUCAUCCAAUCCAAAUAAUGUCAAAGUAAAUGAUAAUAGUGAUAACAUCGCGAAGGAGAGCGCAACGAAUAAUGUAUGUUCAUCUUCCGACGGUAAUAGCGACUCUUCACCGGGCGGAAGUAGUAUUGAAGAAAUUGAUGUUACGAGACAUCGAGAAAUCACAUCUAAGGCUGUUUCAGCAAUAUUGCUGUUAAUGCUAAAACAUUUGAAAUUGUCUCAUAUUUUAAAAUUUGAAUAUGUUUCACAAUUAUUAGUUGACUCUAACUGCUUGCUUUUAAUUUUAAAAAUGUUUGGCUUACAAGAUGUAAGCUUGACUAUAAAAGCUAAAAAUGAAGUUGAUGACUUGAAUUUCUUUCGGUAUUGUUCAAAUAUUAACAAUGAUAAACAUAAAUCAGGAAAGACAUUUGAUAAUAAUUUAUCAGACAACAAGAAUAUAAAUAUUCUUAACGACAAUAAACGGAUGGAUGAUUCAAAUUUAGAUGAUAAUAAUGACAAUAAUGAUGCCAUUGUGGAUUCAGAUUAUUGUUGGCGAAAUUUUUUUUCCGCAAUAAAUUUCUUGCGUAUUUUACAAAAAUUAACCAAAAAAAAGACGCACAGAAUAUUAUUAUUGGUGCAGUAUAAAUCUUCUGCUAUAUUAAAAAGAAUUUUAAAAGUAUCACAUCCUUUAUUAGAACUAUAUGCUUUGAAAGUUCUAAAGAAUCAAAUUCCAUUUAUUGGUAGAAAGUGGCGUCAAAGCAAUAUGAAAAUAAUUACUUCUAUAUAUUUGCAUUGCCGGCCAGACUUACGAGACGAAUGGAUUGCGUCAUCUGACGCAGAUGCUGAAAUUGAAGAUGCUCUGCCCCAAGAACAAAACCUUCGAGCAUUAAUUAAGUUUUAUAAUGAAAGAAAUUAUAUGACACGUGAUUAUCAAAAUGGAUUUCUUUAUGAUAACAGCAGGAAUUCGCCUGAUAUAUUCCCUCCAUAUCACACGAAACCUUUAAAUUACGUAAACUCAGCUUACAUUACAGAUGAUAUCAUGUUAGAUGAAUCGUUUUUGUCAAAUUGGGAACAAUGGCUUCAAGACGAAGUAUACAGCUUCUCUCUCACAAAACCUCAUCUAGAUAUUGUAGAUGAAUAUUACAAUGAUGAUAUCUCCCUUGCUUUUCCUACUGCGGGUGAUGGAUCAGAAUGGGAUACCCCUAUUACACCACCGAUCGAAGGACGAGACCCUUUCACCUCGCUCGAAUGGGAGAAUCUUACUUCAACAGAUAUAAAAACAUUUGAACAAAGUUUUAAAACUAACGGAUACAAGUUAUCUUAUAACAAUGAUGAUAUAGAAAGGAAAAUGGAAACUGUUACAUUAGAUGAUGAUAAAGAUACAACUUAUUGCUGGCCCGAUGAGAUCCUAGGUCCAUUGGCUCCUAAUGAAGUUGAAAUAUGGCAACCAACUCCAUACCAAAGUGAUGCUGAAGACUAAAUUAUUAUAAUCAUUCUUUAAAUUUAUUUUGUAUAGUUAAUACUUCCUGUAUAAUGUUUUUCAGCAAUAAUAAUAAAAAAUAUAAAUGAUAAAUUUAUAAAUAUUUUACAAUAU